CGCUACCCUGAUCUUGUGUGGGUCAUCCUUCCGCCCGAACAAUUCUGUCCAGUCAUGGACACCUUGCAGUUUCCUCCUGAGGUCCUGUCCGAAAUAUUCCUGAAUAGUCUCGAUCUUCAAUUGGAGGUGGGAUAUCUACCUCGUAUUCAUCCAGACGCCGCCCCUGUCCUCCUCACCCGUGUCUGUCGCUACUGGCGCAAUGUCGCCUUAUCUAGCCCACGCUUGUGGUCUCGAAUGCUUCUUCCUAGUCUCCCUCCUGCUCUACCACAACGCAACUCUCUCCUCAAACGAAUUCCUUUUUGGCUUUCGUUGUCAGGUUCGCUCCCACUUUCAAUCACUCUGCGGAUCAGCGGCAGGUUUCCUGCUCUGGCUCCGAGAUACGCCACACUCUUAUGCGGUGAGAGCCAUCGAUGGGAAUCAGUCCGGCUACAUUUGGGGCUUGUCAAGAUCGAGACACUACCCCCCGUAGGCUCAUUGGAAAUGCUCAGGGAGUUCCUGUAUGAAGGAAACACGAACAAGGUCGGCAGCGUAAUCCCCCCGUUCUUGACAUCUUUCGCGUCCGCACCACGUCUGCGCACAGUCACCAUCAACAACGACAUGGCAUGGACUUGGGCGCUCCCUUGGACAAACCUCACAAGCCUGAAGAUGGUCUGUGAGACGGCGAAAUUCCCACCGGAUGUGAUGCGGCGGGUCUGUGAAAGCUUGCAGGCGUGUGCUUGCCUCGAGUUUCUCGUUAUUAGGUUUAAACUUCCAUAUGACGGCGAACCGCCGCUCCCAUCAAGAUUGCCUGUCGUAUUCCCUCAGCUUACGCAGUUUUCUCUCAAUGCCGAUUUGCCAGAGAUCAUAGGGUCUUUCAUGGAUAUGUUUGACAUGCCGCGCCUCGGUGUUCUCAAUCUCACAGUGAGUGAACAUAGGAGGGCCGACAAUGCCCCUGACCCUCAUGAAGAAAUCAUGGCGAGCAUUUUGAGCUUCCUUGCUCGAAAUGGUGAUCAAAUCGACAGACUCUAUCUGGAAAUAUCUAUCCUACCAGAUUCGGACCUCGUGCGCAUCCUUCAGCGGGUCCCAAAUAUUCAGGUUCUUGAUAUCAAAGACGAAGGCGUCACUCCGCUUCUUUGGAAUGCACUCACCAUCCACUAUGACUCCCAAGGUCGUGUACAAGCUGGACAGAACCUCCGCCUCACAGACAUUUCUUGCGUGGCUUCAACCAGCUACUUAGGCAAUUGGGACUAUACUCAGGUAGUCCCUUGUCUACCGCUUUCUGUCGAUGCAGCUCAUGGUGGAGCUGGAUCGCUUGGAGUUCCUGGUACUGCGACAGGCCAGAUCACGUUUGCUGGCGAACUGCUUCCAGCGGAAAACCGAGCACCCCUCGACGAGCUACAAUAUUGGCUAGCCAAGGUAUCCAAUCCUGAAUAUUCUAUCAACUUCGCACGCAUGAUUCAGUCGCGCUGGCUGCUCCCUCCGAAUGCCCGAGCCGAGGGGCAAGUCGCACAGCUGACCGGGAUGAGACUGGUGCACUUCGAUUUGCACAUCGUGGAGAUGAUCUCGCGCGACUGGUACACUGCGCUUUUGAAGUCUUGGGGAGAAGGGUUGCGAUUGAGUGUAUGGUGCUCGCUCAGGAGGCAAGCUUAUUGGCGUCAGACGCUUAACUCUGUGAUGAAUCCCCAGCUCGCUCAGUAGAUUUUUCUACGAAGGUUCUUCUGUAAUUUCAUAUAAGUGUCAAUGUUAAGAUCUUUGAGAGGCCGAC